CUGCUACAUUUCCUUGACAGUGCUGACUUGAAAUGUCACGGGGAUAUAUCUGUAUCUAACUGAUAAGAGUAUCAUUGGCUACUUGCAACUCUUCUAUCAUGACUCUUUCCACAUAGACUUGAGGACUUGGAAUCUUGCUUUGAGCGAACUUGCAACUCUUUUAUCAGUACGGUAUUCUUUCCAGUAGUUGAGGGCCCGGGACCUUGCUUUGAGCAAACUUGUGACAGCUCUUCGCACUUCAAUGACUGUUUGUAACUCCUCUAUCGUCAUCUUUUUGGAUUGAGGAAUUUGAAUCUUCAAGCUAACUUGCUUUGAGCAUAUUUAUAUUUUUAGCUGUUUGGACAUCACUAACUGCUUACAGUGCUUGAAGGCUUAUGACCCUGCUUUAGGCAAACUUAUACCAGAACCCACUUCUGGUUGAGUGUCUAUGUUUUGAGCAAACUUGCGCAGCUUUUAGCAUGCCUUAGCAGUACUUUUCCCCAAUUUUGAAGCAAAUUUCAAAUCAUUGAAGGAUUUUAUUUUACUUUGAUCUGGUUGCUAUGGAUACGUGGCUACUCGAAUUACGACUCAAAUCUGGGUCUUUAGAGAAAGAUAAAGCGGAAGAAAUCAUCAAAAAUGUAUCCGAUUUGAUUAAAAAUUAUUUGUGCAGUGAUUGCAAUCUCAUGUACAAGUCAUUUAAUGUUGGAUUUUUAGCCCUUUUCACUUCGAAAUCUGGCAUCAGUGUUUUGGUACGGGGCUUCGAAUAUGAUGGCGUGCUUCUGACUCUUGAUAUCAGCACACCUGGUGUCACUAACGGAGCUUUUAAAGCAAAAGUUUCAAAAUUUGAGAAAAAUAUUCGCUUGUUAAGUUUCGUGGAACCGCCGAGAACGAGAUAUUUCCCUUCCCUCCCGAGUUUGAAACGUGGGCGUCCAUUUUCUACGUAUGAUUGCGAGGACGGUUGGUUAUUUGAGUUUGAUUUUGACUCCGUAGUUUUUGACGAGGUCUCGCCGUAUCAACAUAUUAGAAUUAUGAAUUCCAAGCAAUAUGGAAAAUGUCUUUUUCUCGAUAAUAAUUUGAAUUUAUCAGAAAGUGAUCUGGAAUACACUCGAGCUAUCACUGGAUAUGAUAAGGAAGAUUACAAAGAUAAGACUGUAUUGAUCUUAGGAGGAGGGGACGGGGGAAUACUUCAUUAUCUACGAGAUCGCUGCCCAGCUAUGAUAACAAUGAUUGACAUUGACCAAAUAGUUAUUGACGCAGCGAAAAUACAUUUGCAAGGAAUUUGCCAUGAUGCUCUUGACUCCCUCAGUGGUGAAAAUUACGAAAUUAUCAUAAGCGAUUGUGUCGUGUACCUUAAAAAAUAUGCGUCAGAAAAGAAAAAAUUUGACUAUGUUAUCAACGACCUUACUGAUAUUCCAAUAGACGUGAACCAGUCUGAGGAUCAGAUAGCAUUUUCUCGACAAAUUUUGUCUCUGUCUAUGCAAGUCUUAAAAAAUGACGGGAAAUACUUUUCUCAUGGGAUAGCACUGCCUUCAUCUGUCGCUGUUGUGGAGAAGCAAUUUCAAGAUCUGGAAUGUCGCGUGAAAUACACAAAACAAGCUGUAUGUGUGCCGUCAUUCUUCGAGUUCUGGAUGUUCUACACUGUUUGGAAAUACAUCUGAAGAUUUUAGAUAACUUGUUUUCCGGCUAACAAACUGUCACCAAGUUUAACACUAAAAAUGUGAGUUUUCUGAAUUACUGUCCAAUAAGCCGAUGCAGAACAAUUUUGUUUUUUCUGUUCGUAAAAUAUGCACCAAAGUUUUGUUUUUAUCGAUUUUAUUUUACUCGAUCUGUAUGUGUGUCAUUAUCCUCAGAGAUCUGGAUGUUUUGUACUGUUUGGAAAGACAUCUGAAAAGUUCAUAUACCAGUGCUAACAAGCCAGGACCAAUUUUAGUCCUAAAAUGUGAGAUUUUCCAUAUCACCCCCCCAAUAUGUGUUACCUCUUUUAAUGUUCUAUGCAUCUGCAAAAAAUAACCGGCCAACUAAUUUCAUACUCGACACGUACUGGUAACGAGAGGCCAGGGUUUGCCAUAUAAUUAAGUAGUCUUAUCGGCUUUCCUCUCCUCGAGAUAAAUAUGUAAAUUCCAUCCUAUCCUAAUGUGAAGGAUGUUUUACAGCCAGUUUGUGGUGUUCAAAUAAAACUAAAAUUUCCCGUUCGGGAAAUUCUGAUCAUAUUAUUAUACCUUAUGCACGUUCUAACGUAACCUUUUCUAGAUAUAAUAGACAGUUUUAUAAAUUUAUCACAGUAAUACUGAAUAAAUGACAAUUAUGAAGAAUUUUUUUGCCCUUUCCAGUUGGCAAACACUGUUUAUAUUAAUAUACCUUAUGCAUGUACUGUUAUGCCCAAGAUGUGAAUUAUUAUAUUUAUAUGUUACACUAUCUUGCCUUUUUACAACUCUUUAAUGAUAUAGCUUUAGUACAGCUUGCC